UUAGGAUGAGGUAAAACGCGCCAACCACUGGGAGGUCGAGCAGCACGCGGAUCGGGGCGACACCUUUUUCCCCCAAAUCUCAAAACCCUAGCUUCAAUUCCAUUUUCGAACUCCAGAUUGGAUCGUUUCAGCUUUAAAAUCUUGUGAAAUGGCAACAGUUCCGAUGGAUAUCGUGAGAGAUAUCUUCCUCCGUCUCCCUGCGAAGACGCUUGUUCGAUUCCGUGUCCUGGCGAAACCCUACUGUGCUCUUAUCGACAGCCCAGAUUUCAUUGCCUCGCAUCUCGACCGCACGCUUCGGACCAAAGACCACCUCAUGAUCCUCCUCAGGGGUGCGCUUCACCUCUACUCGGUGGACCUCGACUCACUCGAUAACGUCACCGAUGUCGAGCAUCCGAUGAAACCCGGCGGUCCGACCGAGGUCUUCGGAUCCUGCAACGGUUUGGUGGGAUUGUCGAACUCUCCAACUGAUUUGGCUUUGUUCAACCCAUCCACUCGGCAGAUCCACAGACUACCGGCUUCUUCGGUUGAUCUUCCCGAAGGUUCCGCAACUCGUGGGUAUGUAUUUUACGGGUUUGGCUACGAUUCUGUGAACGAAGAUUACAAAGUGGUGAGGAUGGUGCAGUUUAAGCGAGACUCGGAUGAUGAGCUGGGUUGCAGUUUCCCUUACGAGGUUAAAGUUUACAGCUUGAAGAGCAAUUCAUGGACGAGAAUCGGAACGGUUCCGGUUAUAAUUCAGUUCCUGUUCUACUUCUACUACCAUCUUUUGUUUCGUCGUGGUUAUGGUGUUCUUGCUGCUAACAAUCUUCACUGGGUUUUGCCGCCGAGGCCGGGAUUGGUCGUGUGUAACAGUCUUAUCGUAAGGUUUGAUCUUGUGUCUGAGGAGUUCGACAAAGUACCGUUGCCUCAGGACAUUGGUAAUUAUAACAGUGAUACACAGAUGGAUAUAGGUGUGUUAAAUGGUUGCCUUUGUUUGAUGUGUAACCAUGAUCAAACUUAUACUGACGUUUGGAUGAUGAAGGAAUACGGGGCUAGAGAUUCUUGGACUAAGUUGUUCACGGUUCAGAAACCGAAAAGUUUUAAAUCAUUUUCGUAUAUGAGACCUUUAGUGUAUUCCAAGGACCAGAACAAGGUUUUGCUGGAAAUUAACAACACAAAGCUGAUGUGGUUUGAUUUGAUAACUAAGAAGCUGACCACCUUGAGAAUCAAGGACUGCCCUAGCUCAUAUAGUGCGGAACUCAUUGUGAGUAGCCUUGUUUUGGGAUGUAAAGGCGACCCCAAGGAAGUUAAACGGAGGCAACAACAGCAGCAGCGAGACCAAGAGGAUAAGAAAAGGCAGAAUAAGAAGAGGGAUGAUUUCCUGUCCAAGGGAUUCAAACUUGUGUUGUGAGCAUUGAGUGACGAGCGAAAUCCAGACGAGAGGCAAGUGCAAGCUUUUCCAUUGAUGGGUUUUCUGCCCACUCUUGCGGAACAGGAAUGACAAACAUUUCCUCGUCCACGAGUUUUUCCUCAAUAUUCAAAGUGGGGUAUUGCCGAGGCAUUGAUGGAGGUUUUGGUUGCAAAGGUAGAAGAACCAUCACUGGACCAUUCAACCUUUUUCUGCAAGCAGCUAGUUUUCUUGCAGUGUUGAGAUCCAUGGAAGGUUUUCAUGCCUGCUCGCCCAUUGUAGGAGAUAGCUUCGACGGCCAGUGGGCCAAAAGGAGAUGUAUUGCCAACCCUUUAAAGUGAAUGAUACAACAACUGAAACAAGGAGGUUCUUGUACUAAAAAAAAUAAACUCCAUGUUCUUGCUUGUAAAUUGAAUGAAUCUGAUCUCCAUAACUCUUGUCAAGGCACUGACUUUUUUACUCUCAAGCUUCUGUCUAUAAGAUUUGGUAUUGGGAAUGUUUGUGAUACAA